GGCCCGGCGCGGUGCGGCCGUCGCGGAGCGGCAGGGCAGGUAGUAGCGGAGAGGAGCGGGCCGGCGCGGCCAUGGGGAAGGUGCAGCUGUUCGAGAUCCGCCUGGGAGAGAGCCGCGUCAUCUACAGCCCCGGCGAGCCGCUGGCCGGCACCGUCACCGUGCGGCUGUCGGGCUCGCUGCAGUACCGAGCCAUCAAGGUGAGCUGCGUUGGAUUCUGUGGGGUGUCAAACAAGAUCAAUGACACUGCCUGGACUGUGGAGGAACAGUAUUUCAACAGCACUCUGUCUCUGGCAGACAAAGGAGUCCUUUCAGCUGGCGAGCACAACUUUUCCUUCCAGUUCCUGCUGCCAGCCUCUGCUCCUACAUCAUUUGAAGGUCCUUUUGGCAAGGUCCUCCAUCAGGUGAAAGCUGUGAUAGACACACCUCGCUUCUCCAAGGACUACAAGUGCAACAAGAUCUUCUAUGUUCUCUGCCCUCUCAACUUGAAUGACAUCCUCGAUAUUGAGCAGCCCAACACUAUGUCUGUUACCAAGAAGUUCAACUACAAGCUCGUGAAGAGUGGCAACGUUGUCCUGACAGCCACCUCAGAUCUGAAAGGGUACAUUGUGGGGCAAGUGAUCCAGCUCCGCACAGACAUAGAGAACAAAUCAGGCCGGGACACCGGGGCUGUGGUAGCCAGCCUGCUGCAGAAAGUGGCUUACAAAUCCAAGCGUUGGAUUUAUGACCUGAGGACCAUUGCUGAGGUAGAAGGUUCAGGAGUGAAAGCCUGGAAACAUGCGGAAUGGAAGGAGCAGAUCCUUGUUCCAGCACUGCCCCAGUCCAUUCUGCAGGGCUGUAGCCUCAUACAUAUCGAUUACUAUAUCCAGGUUUCCCUCAAGUCACCAGAGGUUUCAGUCACCCUUCCCAUUUAUAUUGGCAACAUUGCAGUGAACAGGGUCCCUCUGAGCCCUUCUCGGUCUGUCCAGCACCUACCAUCUGCAGUGGUACCCAGUGCCCCCCCGGAGGAAGAGGAGGCUGCCGGCGGUUAUCACCCAAUGGACAAUGUCUUGAUCCCCACCAAAAGCCAUUCCCAGCAGCAGCCAUUUAGCUACGCCCCAGGACUGAGCUUCCAGGAAGCAGACUCGGAGCAGACAGGCUCCCCAAAUCACCCCACCCUCUGCCUCUCGACAGGAGCCACCAUCCCUUACUACGCCGAGGGAAACGUGGUGCCCGUGCCCACUGCUAGCUCACUCAUUUUGCCUCCAGAAUACAGCACGUGGGGCUACCCAUACGAAGCACCUCCAUCCUAUGAGCAGAGCUGCAGCAGUGCCAACUCCAGCAUCAGCAAUGGCAACUAGCCUCCCCUGCUCCACAUCCCGUCGGCACGAUGGUUCACCAGCCUGCUGCAAAGUCUGGUACAGCACAAGGCGUCUUUUUAUCUCUUUGGCUGCUUGGCAGAGUAAAUGGCACAUCCUGGCCUGGGCUUUUUAAAUCUCUUUCUUGGGAGGGGGAAGAUAAAAGGGCAGCCAGAGCAGCCCGUGUUGUGUGUAGGAGAGGUCUGAACCAUCUCAUUCUGCUGCACCAAAAGCUGGAAGAUCUGGUCUUGCCCCAGGGAUGCCCUCUGCAGCAGCCUGUAUUUGAAGUACUGUAGUCACCACUAACUGCUUUACUAUCAAAGCACCUGCGAUGCCUUAUCUGAAAUGCUCCUGACUUGGCAUGUCUCCAAUGUAGAUGAAGACUGGGCUGUGUGAACUUUCUCUUCUCUUUCGUGGGCUGCGUGCUCUGCAGAAAUGCUUCUAACAGCUCUUCCUCCUUGUCCUCAUAGGUCCCAGGGGUAGGUGAAACAGGAGCUUUCUUGGAGUAGGCAGGGUUGGAAGGUCAGGGACUCUUGCCAAGCCAAAAGCACAAGCCCUUGCUGUACCUGCGUAGUGGGAUGAGUGACUGGCAGCCUUUGGUGCCCGGGCAGUGACCUGGACCGCCGCCUGCUUGUGCUGAGUGGAGAGCAGGCUCUGUCAGCAAGGAGCCUUUUUAACUAGGAUAACUUUCUAGAGGAGACAGACCAUCCUUGCUUGCUGCUAGGAUGACCAGCGCCUGUCAAAUCUGUACAGGGGACACCAGCUCCUGUGCCCCAUCUCCUGCUCCUGCAGGGCACCCUCUCCAUCCCAGCUGUCUGGCCUUAGGCAAGCCAGAAUUACAUGACAAUCAAGUUACAGAAGUCUGUCUGAUGCUACCUCCGCAUCUACCAAGGACUCUGCCCAUGGAAGCCCCAUCCUCGGCGGUGCCCCCCUCUCCAGGCUCAGCCUGGCACUUUGUUCCCUGCUCCCACACCAGCACGGGGGGCUCGGGGAUGGCUGGUACUGCUGUGCUGCUCAUCUCCAGAACCACCACAAGAUGCAGAACGGAGAGAGUGGGAGCACAAACUGCUACACUUCAUUCACAGCCUCUGCUGGACCCGGCGGGUCAGGGGAAGAAGCUGGGAUACUGAAAGCAACUUUUUUUUUUUUCCUGUUUGAUUUUUUUUUUUUUUUUUUCCCCUUGUUGUUUAGCUUUUUAGCAUUGACUGCCCAAGCUGAGGAAACCAAACGCAGGACACUCAGAGCUAUGGGCAUCCAGCCAAGGCUGAAAUAGCAGACUGCACCUUUGGCACCUCUGAGAAUUGGUCCUGCACUUCCUGAUGCUGGGCAGGCAGUAUCUAACAAAUCUCCUAGGAGCUCUGCUUCCUCACACCCCCAGCUGGCUGCUGGGGACAAGCCUUGCUUUGCACUCUUCCUUUGCAAAAACCUUUUUAUUCUAUUUUGUUUUAAAAGUGUUGAACUGCUUUAAGGGUAGAGUAGAGAAGGUGCCGUUCUGAGCAGCGCCAGCACAGCAUCCACCAAUGUUGAUAGAAUGAUUGUCAUUGUCCUUAAAUAUAUAUAUAUAUAUAUGAGACAAAGUUUUGUUUUUAAUGAUCGAAUUCAUAAAUACAAAUUUUAAUGCUGUAUUUAAUAAAUUAUUCCAAGAGAAAUGCUGUGCUCUUUCUUCCAUUUCUGAUGCCUGUUGGAUCAGCUGGAAGGCUGCUCCCCGUGCCCACAGGUUUGCUGAUACCAUCUCAAACAAGUUGGAUUUGUCUCAGUGCUGUUGCUGCAAGCAGCCCGAAGCACAACCUGCCAGGAUACACCAGGAUUCUUCCUCACUCUCUGCUCACCUUGUGCUUCUGCCCAGCAGUUUAUUAUUUAGGACUUUCCCCUUUGCCUGGCGAUCCCAGACUGCAGGGUGAAAGCUUCCUCUUGCCCCCACCAGGGGCUGUGAGCCCAGCAUGCUGUGGCAGCAGAGUCAUAAUCAUAGAAUCAUAGAAUGGCCUGCCUUGAAAAGGACCACAAUGAUCACCUGGUUUCAACCCCCUGCUACGUGCAGGGUCACCAACCAGCAGCCCAGGCUGCCCAGAGCCACAUCCAGCCUGGCCUCGAAUGCCUCACAGUGUGGUGCUCACAGCAGGUGCCAGAGGGCAGGAAAGCCAUUUUUGGGGUGCACAGUCCGUGGCAGAGCAAUGGGAUCAGCCCUGCCUUGCUGCAGCCUGGAUCACAGGGAGCUCCUGUGGGCCCCUCCUUCCCCUCUCCUGUUUCUGAACUCUGUGCUGAAGACAAAAGCCUGGGUAGAAAAGCUUCAUAUGUAGGAAUUAAUUCAAUUCCUGGCUCAAAUUUGUAAACAAUUGGUUGUUUUUUUUUUUCCCUUUCUCUUUUGUUUGCAAUCAGGAGGGGAAGUGGCGGGGGCCUGUGAGACAAUUGUUUCCAAACGGCAUCCAAUGGAAAACACCAAAAAUAUCCUCUGCCCUUUCUCAUGCUGCUUCGUUCUCGCCGUGCACCUCUUUGCCCAUCCUGCUCUCCAGUGCUGUUUGUGUUCCACCAAACGCUGCUUUGGCUCCUGCUGCCCCACACGGCAUCGCUGGGGGCUGCUCUGCCCCCGAGCCGCUCUCACCCAUCGCGGCCGAGUCGUGCCCGGCUGCUGUGCUGCUUUUCUUUGCAGUUCUUGGUUUGCCGGGCCCGGAGCUGAGCGCGGUGUGAGAAGGGCUGCAGCUCCUCCUCGGCCCCACUUCCCCUCGCUGGAUGUUGGCUCCUGUUUGAGCUUUCCACUCAGUAGCUCCAUAGAAGCGUUUUCUGCCGUUGCCUGGAGGAAUUAUUUGGAACGACAGACAUGGCGGCCCAUCUUUGAACACAAUUCCACCCCUCUGCAACAGGAACGCAUCCCAUCCCGACUCCCUCAUUGACCCGGAUGGGACCGACCCACAGCUCCACACCGGGGCUGAGGUACCUAUUGACACCCGUGGGGUUCCUAUACAACCCCAUCCGGCUCCGUGCAACUCAAACCCUGCAAUCCGUUACAAUCGGGGAGCGCUCCAUCCCGGCUUUGAUCCCAACACAACCAACACCUCCCUCCCUUCAUAGGGCCGCGGCUGCGAGCUCGGGGGCCCCGCGGGGCGGUGCGAGCUGCGUGCGGGGCAGAGCCGGGCAGAGCCGAGCAGAGCCGAGCAGAGGCGGCCGCAACGCCCCGCACCGGGGGACUCUUAUUUUGACUGCGGCGCGGGGCGGCCGGGCGGGGGCAGCAGCGGCCGGCGCAGAGCGAUGGGAGCCGGGCGGGGCCCGAGGUCCCGUCCCUUCCUCCGCCUGCAGGGGCGGCCCCGGCUGGCCGUAAGGAGCGGGAGCCGCUGUACGGACGUGCGUUGGGGGAUGCGGGACGGAGCUGUGACCCCGAACCCGCAGAGCACGCGGAGUGCGGCGGGAGGUGUCACUGCCCUGCCUGCCCUUCUGCACGUGAAUGGGACCCCCGUGCGGUGGGAGCGGGGCAGAGCUCCGCCCUGUGCCCCCCUAUCGCCGACCCCCAUCUCAAGCCCAUUGCUGUGCUUAUUGUGUUCUGUGCCCGUCUCACCCCACCCUGUCUCACACCCAUUGCUGUCCCCGUUUUUCCCUGUCCCCAUUCCACCUCCAUCCCGUUCCUGUCUCCAUUGAAUCCCCGUCCCAUCACUGUCCCUCCCUCUCCCCAUCUCACCCCUUUUGCUGUCCUUACCCCAUUCUAUCCUCAUCUCAUCCCUAUCUCAUCCCCCUCCUAUCCCUAUUCCACCCCAUC